AUGAAUAUGCAAGAAACCAAUAAGCCAAGUUCAGAAAUAAUUACCGCAAUGCCCAUCACCCCGGGGGAAAUUAAUCAGAUAAGAAAAAUUUAUAAACUUGAUUUUCCUUGUCCGCAUUGUAAAGAAAAAAUUAAUGAUGACCAUUUUGGUCAAGAACAAAGAGUUUUUCAAUUAAUAGAUGAAAAAUUAAAAGAAAUCAUAGAAAAGCACCUUAAUUUACAAAAAAACUAUUUAAGAAAUGAAUUUAUUGAAGAAAUUAAAAAAAAUCGGAUUUACGAGGAUUUUCCGGAAAUUAAGCAAUUAAAGCAAAAUGUGGAAAAAUUAAAAAAUCAAGUGAUAGAAGCAAACUCCUCCGAAUAUGUAGAAGGGUUAAGUAGAGUUAGAGAAUUAAAAGGAGAAAAUGAAAAACUGCGCGAGCAAAACCAAAUGCUUCAACACCUUAGCAAAAAAGGCGGACAAGAAAAAGGCAAAGAAUUUGAAAAUAAUGAGUGGAUUGCCAAGUUAGAAAAGGAUAUGGAAACCCACCGGGCUGAUUAUGGCUUUAUUGUCGCUACUUGUGAAAAUGACAAACCCAUUAGGCCCUUAGACACUCGCAAAAAAAUUUACAUUAGCGGAGACAACAUUAAUAUUUUUAUAGUGGCUAAAAUUAUGCGGGAAUUAUUGAUUACUAAAUGUAAUUUUGAAACCCUGGUUAAAUCGGACGAAAAAGAACAAAAACUAAAAAAAUUAAAAGAUUGGAUAGAAUACAAAUUACCAAGGUAUAUUAGCAUUUUAGAGGAUGAGUUAAAUAACCAAGAAAAAGAAGCAGAUAUCAUAAUUAGAGAAGCAGGAAAAAUUAAAAAAUCCAAAGAAAGAAUUUGA